GCCUAUAAUAUCUCCUUCCGAAGCACCCCAAAAAAGCUAUAUUAUCUUUUCUACCUUAGAGGAACAGAUGGAACUUCUCUAGAUUUAGAUGGACUUUUACUUGAGACAUUCCACCUCUCUACGAACAAUGCUGUUGAUUGUGUAUUGCAACCAACAUAAGUCGUGUCAAAGUCCCUUCAGAUGGAAGGAUGCAUAACUUGACCAAUUAUGUUUAGGUGGUUUCUUUAGGGUUCAAAUUUUUCCUAUGGUUAGGCCAUCUAAACUGGAGGAUGAGCAGGACGCCUCUAUCCAGAAGAAGGGAAGGAUUUUUUUCAAGAUGCCUUUCAACACUUUUGGCAAAUCAGUUCUAAAAGUGUAUGCCAUUUGAAGUCUGAGGGUCAAACUAACACUUGUUGAAAAUGCCGCUUCAUAUGAUUAUUAACGGACUGUCAUUUCGGCAUCUUACCACCUCCACAGAAGAACAGUGAAUCCACAGGAUUCCGUAUCUCCCUUCUUGAAGCAGAGACAAGUGCAGGUGCAGCCUGACGUCUCGUGGAGACCCAGGUGACGUUUCAGACCCAAGCUGUAAGAGAGGCGAUUCAGGCUCUCAAACAUUCCUCGUUGUCUGCUUCUGUAAACUUUUGUUUUUCAGUUGAGUAAAGAUCUAACCUAAGCUACCAACUAUGACUCUUUUUAACAUAUGGUUUUUCCUUUGUCCAAUCUUCUUUUCAUCUUCCUGCUACUCAAGCCAUAUAUCAUUUGAACCCGUAAAUAUGGACACCAUGCAUGUGGACUAUACGUGUCUUUCAGAGUUGUUGCAUCAAUAGCAGUGGCAGAAGUUUAGGAAAUGGAACUCGAAAACUUGAACAGACUCAUGGGCACGUUUUCUCAAAUUCUUUCUUCUCUUUAUAUUUUAAACUCCUUGAAGUCCUUGUUAUCAUAGACAAACUUCACCCUAGGCAAGGAUUUCCUAUUUUAAAACUCGAGAACCCUAGAUUUGUUCAGAUGUCUUUACUUGCAGCCAAGCAGGCUUCGAUGUUGAAUGAGCUAGAAUCUUCUGACUGAAGAGAAGCCCAUGGAGCCUCAAUGAUGUACUUACUGGGUAAGUUAUACUUGUUGAAGAUUUCACGGUGCAGAAUCUCAGAUUGAGGUUUGGGGGUCCACUGGUGGUGUCCGAUUUAGAUGGGUUUGAAGUUCUUGAAGACUCAACCAUGCAAAGGUUACUAUGCACAUCUGAAGACUUUGGAGUUUCUCAGUGGCUGCAUUUUUAGUUAUUAUAUGGAUCCUUGUAGAUCUUGUGAUGAAUCUUUCUCUUGGAGUUUUGCUGAUUGGAGCUGUUCAACCUUAGUUGGAUUAUCUUGUUGCCGAUUUCAAUUGUCUGCUGCAGUAGGCGAGAAAGCAACGCUUUCAUGCGGUGUUUGCCUGCUUGGAUGGGGAGUUAACUUGAUAUGCCUUCACACGUUUUUAGAAUCCCUUCUUAACUAGUUCCUAAAUGCAGGUGCUUUAGGCUCCUAACAGGCUACUAGGCUGUCUUUUGAAUUAAUGGCACUUAACUUUGAGCCUGAAAACCUCCAACAAAAGACCCAUGAAGCACAGAACAUGGAGACAGUUGACUUGCGCUCUCAUGGUCCGUGUAGAGAAUGUUUGCCGAGGGAAGAACUAAUUUGUGAUGCAAAAACAACCAGCACAGAACUUCUGGAUCGAGGACGCAUGCAGUAUGGGUGUCCUCAUUACAGACGAAGAUGUCAGAUUAGAGCUCCGUGUUGCAAUGAGAUUUUUGAUUGUCGUCAUUGUCAUAAUGAGGCCAAGAAUGGUAUCAAUGUUGAUCAAAAGCAUAGACAUGACAUUCCACGCCAUCUAGUCCAACAGGUCAUAUGUUCACUAUGUGGCACUGAACAAGAGGUUCGGCAAAUCUGUAUCAGUUGUGGCGUGUGUAUGGGAAGAUACUUCUGUGAGACUUGCAAGCUGUUUGAUGACGAUAUAUUGAAGAAGCAGUAUCAUUGCGAUGGAUGUGGCAUAUGCAGGAUUGGCGGGCGGGAGAACUUUUUCCAUUGCAAUAAAUGCCGAUGCUGCUACUCUGUUCUCUUGAAGAAUAGCCACCCGUGUGUGGAAGGAGCAAUGCAUCAUGACUGCCCUGUUUGCUUUGAGUAUCUAUUCGAGUCGAGAAAUGAUGUGAUCGUUAUGCCCUGUGGGCAUACUAUUCACAAGAGCUGCCUGAAGGAGAUGCAGGAGCAUUACCAGUAUGCAUGUCCUCUCUGCUCCAAGUCGGUUUGUGAUAUGUCGAAGGUAUGGGAGAAAUUUGAUGUGGAGAUUGCGGCUACACCCAUGCCGGAACCUUACCAAAACAAGAUGGUCUGGAUCCUUUGCAACGACUGUGGUAGCACAUCAGAAGUGCAGUUUCAUAUCGUAGGUCAGAAAUGCCCCAACUGCAAGUCCUACAACACACGCCAAACAAGAUGAUUAUGAAUUGUCGAAUGGUGACACAACUGUUGGUU